CGGGGAAGCCGCUCCUCUCUUCUUCUCUCCGCUUCGGCUGCUCAGGGCUUCCUCUCCUCCCGGCGCGACAGGACCCCCGCAGCUCUCGGAAGCCUCAUUGGAGGAUGGGCCCUUUCAGCCUCGGCCUCCUGCUCUGCCUGGCGCUUGUGCCCUUCGCAGCUGAUGCCCAAGCUGACCCCUGCCCUGGCAGCUGGCUCUCCUACAAUGGCCACUGCUACCGCUACUUUGAGCAGGAGGUGAACUGGCAGCAGGCGGAGGCCUUCUGCCAAAGCCACAAUGGCCACCUGGCCUCCAUCCUGACCCGUGAAGAGCACCAAACCGUGGCCGACUUCCUGACCAAGGCUCAGUGGUGGGAGCGCGAGGACGUCUGGCUGGGGUUCUUCCUCCCCUCCAACAGCCGAACCUGGGCCUGGGUGGAUGGCAGCCCCGUGGGCUACACCGCCUGGGAAAAGCAUUACCGCCGCUCCUGGAAGGCCUGCGCCACCAUGGAUGACUCUUACGGGUUCAUGCUGUGGGACGACGAUUCCUGCUACGACCGGAACCCCUUCCUCUGCAAGAGCUUGGCAGCGGCUGCCCCCACCCAGGCCCCCCAGGGACUCCAGCCCUGAAUCUGCCUCCACCUCCCACGGCCAAGGCCCAGAGCCCCCCCUGCUCCUCUACCCGCCCCCCCUUCCUCCCACCAAGGCCUCGCUCUCCCCAGCAUCUCCCAAUAAACAGCUUCUGAGCAAAGGA